CAUAAAUUAGGGUUGCAAAUCCAUCUACCCAGGUACAUAAGUCCACAGUUGCACCACCGCCGGUGCGGUGCAGGUCGGUCUGCCCUCCUCUUUACCCCAAAAAAACAUCUUCGUUCACUCCGUCGCCGUUGUUUGGCUUCCUCCGAACGAUUUUAUCCCCUCUUUACCCUUCCCUCUCCUCUUCCUGUUUCUAUUUCCUACCCUAAAACAAAAAUUUCAAAAAAAAUUUCAGAAAUCUCAAGAAAAAAAAUUCUAAUAUCGGCUGUCGGAUUCCAAUCCUUUCAGACAAAACUAUCAGUGGCGCCACUCCGCGGAGUCUAGUACUGUUGUUGUUGUUGUGUGCUCGUAUUGUCUCUCUAGGGUUUGAUUUUUGAAUAAUUUGAGGAGAGGGAAGUACAGAAAAAGGAAAAAAAAAUCAGAAAAAAGAAAGGAAAAAAAAAAGAUCUGGAUGGCGCAGAUUCAGGCCGCGGUAGCAGGUCCCAAUGGAGUGGCGAAUACAGCAUCGCUAUAUGUGGGAGACCUUGACGUCAACAUCACGGAUUCGCAGCUUUACGAUCUGUUUAUCCAGGCCGGCCAAGUGCUGUCCGUACGGGUGUGUAGAGACUUGAGCACCCGGAGAUCUCUCGGCUACGGCUACGUCAACUAUAGCAACCCUCAAGAUGCGGCAAGGGCAUUGGAUCUACUGAACUUCACUCCACUCAAUGGCAAGCCCAUCAGAAUUAUGUACUCUCAUCGGGACCCUAGUAUUCGUAAAAGUGGAACCGCCAAUAUAUUUAUUAAGAACCUGGACAAGUCAAUCGACAACAAAGCACUCCAUGAUACUUUUUCUGCUUUCGGAAACAUUCUUUCUUGCAAGAUAGCUACUGAUCCUUCUGGCCAGUCCAAAGGCUAUGGUUUUGUACAAUUUGAUAAUGAAGAAUCUGCGCAAAAUGCUAUAGAUAAGUUGAAUGGCAUGCUGAUUAAUGACAAACAAGUGUAUGUUGGACAAUUCCUUCGGAAGCAGGAGAGAGAAACUGCUUUGAAUAAGACAAAAUUUAAUAAUGUUUAUGUGAAAAAUCUCUCAGAAUCAACAACAGAAGAAGAUCUGAAGAAUAUUUUUGGUGAAUUUGGAACAAUUACUAGUGUUGUUGUAAUGAGGGAUGGAGAUGGAAAAUCAAAAUGUUUUGGAUUUGUUAACUUUGAGAAUGCAGAUGAUGCUGCUGAAGCAGUUGAGGCUCUUAAUGGGAAGAAAUUUGAUGAGAAAGAAUGGUAUGUUGGGAAAGCCCAGAAAAAAUAUGAAAGAGAGCUUGAACUGAAAGGGCGAUUUGAGCAGAGUAUGAAGGAAGUAGUAGACAAAUUUCAAGGGGUGAACUUGUAUAUUAAAAACUUGGAUGAUAGCAUUGGCGAUGAUAAACUAAAGGAAUUGUUCUCAGAGUUUGGUACAAUUACCUCAUGCAAGGUUAUGCGUGACCCAAGUGGAAUAAGUAGAGGCUCGGGAUUUGUUGCCUUCUCAACUUCUGAAGAAGCAUCUCGAGCACUCGCGGAGAUGAAUGGUAAAAUGGUUGUGAGCAAACCUCUUUAUGUUGCCCUUGCACAGAGGAAAGAAGAGAGGAGAGCCAGGUUGCAGGCACAGUUCUCUCAAAUGAGGCCCGUCUCGAUGGCACCUUCAGUUGCACCUAGGAUGCCAAUGUACCCUCCUGGUGCUCCCGGUCUUGGGCAGCAAUUAUUUUAUGGGCAAGGGCCACCUGCUAUAAUUCCUCCCCAAGCUGGAUUCGGUUACCAGCAGCAACUUGUUCCUGGAAUGAGGCCUGGUGGUGCUCCCAUGCCAAAUUUCUUUGUGCCACUGGUCCAGCAAGGUCAGCAGGGUCAACGCCCAGGGGGCAGACGUGGGGCAGGUCCUGUGCAGCAGAAUCAGCAGCCAGUGCCCCUGAUGCAGCAGCAGAUGCUUCCAAGGGGGGGACGAGUCUACCGCUACCCUCCUGGCCGCAAUAUGCCUGAUGUUCCAAUGCCAGGUGUUGCUGGAGGCAUGCUUUCAAUUCCAUAUGACAUGGGUGGCGUGCCACUUCGAGAUGCUGCAAUUGGUCAGCCAAUGCCCAUUUCAGCUUUGGCUUCAGCUCUUGCAAAUGCAACACCUGAUCAGCAAAGAACAAUGCUGGGUGAAAGUUUGUACCCUCUCGUGGAUCAGCUGGAGCAUGAGAUGGCAGCUAAAGUGACAGGCAUGCUUCUGGAGAUGGACCAGACUGAGGUUUUGCAUCUGCUCGAGUCGCCAGAGGCUUUGAAGUCCAAGGUUGCGGAGGCCAUGGACGUCCUGAGGAAUGUUGCUCAGCAGCAGGCUAACAGCCCAACCGAACAACUAGCCUCACUGUCCCUAAAUGACAGCCUUGUUCCCUGAGUGUGUUGGGUGGAACUUAAAUGUGGUUCCAGCAGUUUAAAUUAAGUUUCUCUGCUAGUGAAGGCUCUAGAUUUCAUUUGAUAUGGAGUUACAUUAGCCAUAGGAUUCUGAAGUUUGAAACAUAUUGUGUGUGUUGGUUUUUGGUGAUGAAGUUUAGGAUGCUAUACAUUCUAUGUUCUGGUGUUGACGAUCGAGUGUUCGAUUGAGUUGCUUGCAUAUUCCAAACCAUAGAAUUCUGACGUUAAAUAGAUACUAUGUUUGAUUUUGUGAUAAAAUUUAGUUUCUUGCACUA